UAUGAAAGCAAAUCCACUGGUUUCCAAGCAACCGCAAACGUUUGCCCACACGAGACGUGGUAAUAUUGUGGAAAACCCACAUUAGGUUAUACCAAAAACGUAUACUUUUAAGCAAAUGUAAUUUUUUUUAGAGUUAAGAAGGCUAGAUACCAAAUAGCUGACAAUUAUUUGAGUUACGUUCUAUCCGCUUUCAAUUGUAUGCUAGCUAACAAGCGAUUGUGGUCUGCCGAGGAGAAGGAAGAUGAUUGUUGAAAAAUUAAAAUUAACUUGUGACAGACUUGUAUCAUACCAGCAGCUGGCUUGUAGUUACAAUUACACUGCCAUCCCUCUGCGUGGCGGGGACAUUCUCAUUUACUGUAAUUUGGACGUUGAGAAGACAUUUCGGCUCAGUGGGCAUUAUGGUGAAAUCACCGCCAUGACUUUUGGAAAAAGGAAGUCACCUGUCCUUCUCUGUUCUGCAUCUGCUGAUUACAUUAUCGUCUGGAAUGUGGACGUAUGCCAGAGCAGAGUCACCCAAGGUAGUUUUGCAUCUGGAACAGUUAUUGGAAGCUCACUGGGUGAAGUGGUCCAUCUUUCCUUCUGUUUCUCUGAUGAGAGAGUGGUUGCAUGCUCUGGAGCCGCUGCAUAUAUUCUCAGCUCACAGAAACAGGAAACGAUUGCGGCAUUGACUGGUCAUUUGGGACCUGUAACAUCAGCAGAGUUUUGUCCAUGGCAUAAACACAUUCUUGUCACCACAUCAGAGGACCGAACGUUCAAGCUAUGGGAUCUACACACUGAAACUGCUUUCUACCAAUCUUUUGUCCUGUCAGCUUCUCCACUGCUCAGUGUGUUCUUCAUGAUGAAAAACAAUUACAUGAUCACCGGCUCCACUGACGGGCAGGUUUGGUGCUUUUCUUUCAGCAAUCAAUUUUCUUGUCAGCUAGUGACCAAAAUAGACCUUCACAAGAGUGAACGAAGACAUCAAGCAGGAGUGGCAGAAAAGUCCUCUGAAGUGGACAUUUCAAAACCUGUUCUCACAAUGGCUUCUGUCAGCUCAUCUAAUGACAACACGAAUGCAGAGAAAAGGGACGAGAGCUGGUUAUGUGUUGGAAGUACUGAUGGUCUGUAUUUAGUCAAUCUGGCUACAUCAGAACUGUUAACGGUUCUACAUUUCACAGACUACCCCAAUUUGAGCAUCGCAAUGGCUGGGUCUUGGGUCUUCUCUGACAAGUGUAACAACUCGAUUCUGUUUUUAGUGAGCUCUUUGUUUACUCCGUGUGUGAGCCUGUUGGAGUUCUGUUUGGGUGAUGCAGAAAGAAUCCAGGCUGGAAGUCGAGGCUUUUCAGUAUUUCCAAGUUCCCCACCUUUGCUGGAGUCCCCUCUCAUUGCUGAGUUAAAGAAGAAGGAGCCCCAUCAUUUGAAGAAAAAAGGUGGCACUAAGGAACAGCCGCUUGUCUUCCACUCAAAGGUGAAAUCAUCUGGUUACACAAGCUCCCCAAGAAUGCUUUUGUUUUCACCAAAAACAACUGCUCAGAAGAGCAAGUCCUCCAUGAAGACCAAUAAGAAAGGUUUACUCCUCAAAGAUUACCCAGAAGACAUUGCAGCACCUACUGUUCUUCGUGUCCAACUGAAUAUUACAAACAAGCCAAUCUUUUGCCUGCAGUAUUCAGGGGAUGGAAAGCAAAUCCUGUGUGGUCUUGGUGACAACUCUGUGUUAUUGUACAAGUCUUCCCUUACUGGCAAUCCAGCUGUUUACACAGGACAUGACAAGCCAGUAACCAGUGUGAGCUGGAGCCUCAGCAGACAAUGUUGGUUAAGUGCAUCACAUGACCAGACUCUGAGACUUUGGACUCAUGACAUCCCAGAGCCUGCUGUUAUCAUGGGGAAAAAUAUGUUCGCUAAACAUAUCAAAGCUGCCCAGUUUUAUUACCUGGACAAAUUUUUACUUCUUGCAUCUGGAGACUCACUACACUUAUAUUUGUAUCAUGUGGAUGUCACACAUGAUGACAUCAAAAGAUAUCAGCAGCGGAGUUUUGUCCAAUUGUCAAGUUGCUUUGCAACAUCCUCAGGAGCAGAUAUUACCGACUUGUCUGCUAUCAAUGAUUUCUUUUCCUACAUUGUUCUGGCAUGUGCUUCCGAUCGUUCCAUUCAAGUGUUUGACAUGAACAAAGGCGAAGUCGUAGCAGAGCUGCCUGAUGUUCACAGCAGAGCCGUCCAUUGUAUCACGCAAAACAAGGGCUCAAUGUUCAGCACUCAGACACCAGAAUCCUAUAACCUCUUCCUCACGAGUGCAGUCACAGAUGGCGUGAAGAUGUGGGAUCUUCGCACACUUCGGUGCGUACGCCGUUAUGAAAACCAUUUGAACCGUUGCCAUUCCUGCUCAUCCGCCAUUUCGCCGUGUGGUCGAUUCAUAGCAUGCGGCUCAGAGGACAAAUGUGUUUAUGUGUAUGACAUAAGAAGCAGCAGCUAUCUUCACAAGCUCCAGAGAGACUCUGAGACAGUGCUCAGUGUGGCCUUCAACCCUGCUACUCCACAGCUGCUGACCGGGACUCUGGAUGGGAAGAUAAGCCUGUUUGAUACUCGCAGUGGGCACCGUCUGUCACGUAUCACGUAACAUGUACAACAUGGCCGUGUAAUCACAAGCAGCUUCUGCGAAGGUCAUAGAAGUCCAACCUGGCCAUUAUUUAUUUACAGAAAAUGAUCAUAUAUUGUUACACUGAACAAAAAUAUAAACGGAACACUUUUGUUUUUGCUCCCAUUUUUCGUGAGGUGGACUCCAAGAUCUAAAACUUUCUACAUACACAAAAGGCCAUUUUCCUCAAAUAUUGUUCACAAAACUGUCUAAAUCUGUGUUAGUGAGCAUUUCUCCUUGUCGAGAUAAUCCAUCCCAUCUCACAGGUGUGGCAUAUCAAGAUCCUGAUUAGACAGCAUGAUUACUGCGCAGGUGUGUCUUAGGCUGGCCACAAUAAAAGGCCAAUCAAAUGUGCAGUUUUAUCACACAGCACAAUGCCACAAUUCUAAGGGAGCAUGCAAUUGGCAUACUGACUGCAGGAAUGUCCACCUGAGCUGUUGCCCGUGAAUUGAAUGUUCAUUUCUCUACUAUAAGCCGUCUCCAAACGCGUUACAGACAAUUUGGCAGUACAUCCAACCGACCUCACAACCUCAGACCAUUUGUAACCACACCAGCCCAGGACCUCCACAUCCAGCAUGUUCACCUCCAAGAUCGUCUGAGAUGAGCCAUCCGGACAGCUGCUGCAACAAUUUGUUUGCAUAACCAAAUAAACUGUCAGAAAACAUCUCAGGGAAGCUCAUCUGCAUACUCAUGGUCUUCAUCGGGGUCUCAACCUGACUGUAGUUCGUCGUCGUAACCGACUUGAGUCAGCGAAUGGUCAUAUUCGAUGGCGUCUGGCACGUUGGAGAGGGGUUCUCUUCAUGGAUGAAUCCUGGUUUUCACUGUUGAGGGAAGAUGGCAGACAGCGUGUGUGGCGUCGUAUGGGUGAGCGGUUUGCUGAUGUCAACGUUGUGAAUCGAGUGGCCCAUGGUUGCGGUGGGGUUAUGGUAUGGGCAACGAACACAGGUGCAUUUUAUUGAUGACAUUUUGAAUGCACAGAGAUACCGUGACGAGAUCCUCAGGCCCAUUGUUGUGCCAUUCAUCCACGACCAUCACCUCAUGUUGCAGCAUAAUCAUGCAUGGCCCCAUGUUGCAAGGAUCUGCGCACAGCCAUUGAAGAGGAGUGGACCAACAUUCCACAAUCAACAACCUGAUCAACUCUACGCGAAGGAGAUGUGUUGCACUGUGUGAGGCAAAUGGUGGUCACACCAGAUAAUGACUGGUUUUCUGAUCCCCCCAGACCCCCAUAAUAAAGCAAAUCUGCACAUUUCAGAGUGCCCUUUUAUUGUGGCCAGCCUAAGGCACACCUGUGCAAUA